CGACGAGAGAGCAAACAUGAAGGUGAUGCAGUUCGGAGGGAUGACGAUCGUUUCGCCCGCGAUCUGGGUGAGGACAAUACCUCCCUUGAAUUGUGGGUGGAGGUCGUCGAAGGAGGUAUUCUCUCGCCAUUCCGACACCCGCAAUGCCAUGAUGUUGUCCGCACUCGGCGGAUAUACAACCCAUAACAGAACACCUUCCGCAAUGUUGUAUAACAAGAAACUAUCGCUGUGGCGUAGGUUGGAUUCCGCAAAUUUAGAGAACACAAAUGCAGAGAAGGCAGACGGACAGCGCUGGCACCCUUUGCCCAAUGAAGAACGUACCCAUCUGACUAGUGAGUGCAGUGGUGCCGUCACUCUGCAGAGUCUCGAUGAUGAGUCGAAAAGCAGUGCCUUUGUCGACGUCCAGAUCGGCACCAUUCUGAUAGACGCUAGGGGGGAAGGGAUAGUCAAGGAUUCCGCCAAGUAGAACAUCAUGGACAUCAUGUAGACAAUGCAGCUCGCCUCUCCACG